AUGGAUAAUAAUAGAAUUCUUAUUAAAAAUCAUGAUGAAGAGUAUAUGUCUUUGUCAAAUUCAUCAGUCGGUGUAAAAUAUAAACAUAGUUUUGUCAAGAUGAACGAAGGUUCUGUUAAGCAAACAGAGUUGAUGACCUCAUUCAGAUAUAAGACACAGAAACAUGAGAAGGUUAGACCUGAGCCAUCAUUGGAUACUCUAUUUCCUGGCCAAUCUCCAAUGUUUAGUUUAACAGCUCCUCUACCACAAUCGUCUAUCUCUCAAGCCCAACAAAUUAAAAUUAAAAAAGGUUCUUCUUCUUCGCCAAAGAAACAAGUUAAAGGAUCUUCAUCAUCAUCCUUCUCCUCCUCCAGCAACACUUCAAUUCCAACUCAGUCAUCGAUCAUCGCCCAUAAGUCACCUUCAAAGUCAUUUAAAAAUGUAAUCAAGUAUCUCAGUGUCAUGGAGCCUGUAAAAUCCAACAUUGUACAUCUGGAGCCAAGCAUGGAAAUGGUUACAAAUUCUAUUCCAUCUCAACUUUUAAUACCUGUACAACUAUCAUCAUCAUCUUCAUUCUCCAAUCAAACAAACCACCAGUUAAACUUUGUAAAUCAUCAACCAAUUACUCAGGUAUCAUAUGAUACAACACCAUCCACAGCAGAUAUCGAUGAAAUUAAUACUAAUAAUAAUGAAACAUAUUCACUAGAAUCACAAGAAUCAUACAGUGAUUCAGCAACAUCUCUUUUAAUUACACAUGUACAAUCAGAUACACAACAACAGAAAACAACAACUUCAAAUAUUGUAAAUAAUUGUAUUACUACUAAUCAAAAUGGUGAAUCACCAGAGGAUUAUUCAAUUCUUAAAGAGUUAUUAGAAUACACAUUCAACAAUCCAAUUCAAAAUUUUAAUAUCAACACUUUUGAUUCACUAACACCUUUAGAAUCUUCAUCUACAACCUCCUCCCUUCACCAAACUAAUCAAUGUUAUAAUACUACAGAGAAUUCCUAUACAUUUAACACUUAUCAAAUUAAUCAACUUCAAAACUAUGAUGAUGAUAAUAAUAAUAAUUAA